AUGUCUCUUCCUGAAAGCAAGAACGAGUCCCGUGGGGUUGGUCUGCUUGACCUACCCAAUGAACUUCUCUUCUUGAUUAUUGGAGAUGAUGAUUUAAGUUGGAGAGAUCAUUUCAACAUUCACCACGUAUCCUCUCGACUCUUACACUUGACUUUCAAGCACGUUUACGACGGGAAGCGAGAUAUUUUUCUCGACGCUUGCUCUUCCGCCAAUCUUGAUCUCAUAAUUGAGUGUCUCAAGCAUAGAAACGUUCCCACCAGUCAGCUUUGGGAAAGGCGCCACUCAGUCUACAGGACACCGCUUGAUGUCCUUUCAUUUUCGUUUGUGGAUGGGGAUUGCUCGGUUGAUCAAUACAUCAAAGUAGCUGAGUGGCUCUUUGAUAAUGGGUAUCAGACGCAACAAGUACUAUGCCGCCAGGGAGAGAUGACAUAUUCUCGCGUUGUCUCUCCUUUUUUGCUGGCUAUGUUCUCCACGGCGACAGAUGCAGAUAACCAUCGGGACAUCUGCCAGGUAGUUGGAUUCCUUCUUAACCAGGGAUUGGGGUUUCCAGGUGCGUCGACAAUACUACAGAGGGCGUCUUACGAAAAGAUCCGUAAACAUCCAGGAUACGCGAAAUUUGCUGAGGAAUCCGGCAGCGAUAUGCACUUGAUACUGCAGUCGGCUUUCCCGCCAGGUCUGUCCGAGGUUUCUCUCAAGAAAUUGGCCUCUGACCUCGGACUGACUCUCAAGUCUCGUCUUGCUCCUGGCUACAGAGAUGACCUCAACAUUUGCGAAUCGACAAAACUCAGCGAGCUGGUCCGAAUCCUUUUCGAUGACCUGUUUGCUCCGUGGAUAUACAAAGGAGAUAGUCCCAGUUACUUUGCCGAUACCUUUGAGGCUAAGAUAAAGUUGCUGGUCGAGCAUGACGGGAUCGGUGGCCAUGAACAGCCAGCACUCGAAAACAUUCUUGAAGCUCUUCGCAGUAUUGAAGCAAGGCAGAGAGAAAAUGGCGGUCUCGAUUUUGAACGAGACGGCACCUGGUGUUGGCGCGAGCUUUGUGUCUCCAUCCGUCAGGCCUCUUCACAAGACCACGGGCCGUACUGGAAUCAAUAUUCUUUGGAGGACCCGCCGCGAGUGAUUCGCCCUGAUCUCGAGAGGUGCGUUCAUGAGUUUGUACGCCCCAAAUUAUGGUACCCCCCUAAAGAUCUGAUCGAUGCUAGAUCGUAUGCUUUUCGAAAGAUUUACGAUAAGCUCGAUCCUUCCUGGCUCGAGGAUAGCACUGAACAAGAUUGGGUCAGCAUGCCCUUGGAUGCCUGGAAUUUUAUACAUCGUGUUGACGAUGGGACUUGCGCCGAUGAUACUUCCGAUGAAGAUGGAACUGAAAGCGAGGCAGACGAGUAG